CAUGGUCACAUUGAAGCCGGGGCAGCUGGCCCGGGCAGCUGCUCCCGGCCUGAAGAGCGGACAAAGCCAGGCGGCCUUGGCAGCUUCAGGCUUGGAACCCCAAAGGCCUGAGACUGGGGGCCUGCCACCAGGAUUGAGCUGGAGGUGAGAAGCAGGAAGCCAGCGCUGAACUGUGAAGGCCCCCAACAGCUGCUCUGGGAGCCGCCGCCGACACCCGAGCCCCGCCGGCGCCUCCGCUCCCGUUCCCGGCUCUCCCCGCCUCCCCUCCCCUCGUUGGGACGCCGCCAUCGAGGCCCCACUCCGGAGCCGGACGCCUGGGUCCUUGGGUAGAGCGAUGAGAGGUGUCUGAAGAUGGCUCUUCACUAAGUGAUGGGCUUGGACUUUAAAGAAGACCAACGUGUGGAUGGAGCCGAUGUGUGUAGAUGCUGUUCCCACCCCCCUAGGCCCGAGGGAUCAGGAACUAUGGGGCUAGGGGCCCUGUCAUCUCCGCUACUGCUGCUGUUCCUGGUGGCAACUGGAGAUGCUGAUAUGAAGGGACAUUUUGACCCUGCCAAGUGCCGCUAUGCCCUGGGCAUGCAGGACCGGACCAUCCCAGAUGGGGACAUCUCUGCUUCCAGCUCCUGGUCAGAUUCCACUGCUGCUCGCCACAGCAGGCUGGAGAGCAGCGACGGGGAUGGGGCAUGGUGCCCCGCAGGGCCGGUCUUCCCCAAGGAGGAGGAGUACCUGCAGGUGGACCUGCGGCGGCUUCACCUGGUGGCUCUGGUGGGCACCCAGGGGCGGCAUGCUGGGGGCCUGGGCAAGGAGUUCUCCCCCAGUUACCGGCUGCGGUACUCCCGGGAUGGCCACCGCUGGAUGGACUGGAGGGACCGCUGGGGUCAGGAGGUGAUCUUAGGUAAUGAGGACCCUGGGGGAGUGGUACUGAAGGACCUUGGGCCACCCAUGGUCGCCCGACUGGUUCGCUUCUACCCCCGGGCUGACCGGGUCAUGAGUGUCUGUCUGCGGGUGGAGCUCUAUGGCUGCCUCUGGAAGGAUGGACUCCUGUCUUACACGGCUCCCGUGGGGCAGACGAUGUACUUAGCUGAGGCUGUGCACCUCAAUGACUCCACCUACGAUGGACACACCACGCAUACCGUUGGCGGACUGCAGUAUGGAGGCCUGGGCCAGCUGGCAGAUGGUGUGGUGGGGCUGGAUGACUUUCGGAAGAGCCAGGAGCUGCGGGUAUGGCCAGGCUAUGACUAUGUGGGCUGGAGCAACCACAGCUUCCCCAGCGGCUAUGUGGAGAUGGAGUUUGAGUUUGACCGGCUCAGGGCCUUCCAGGCCAUGCAGGUCCACUGUAACAACAUGCACACCCUGGGAGCCCGCCUGCCUGGUGGGGUGGAGUGUCGCUUCAAACGGGGCCCGGCCAUGGCCUGGGAGGGGGAGCCAGUGCGCCAUGCCCUGGGGGGCAGCCUGGGGGACCCCAGAGCCCGGGCUGUGUCAGUGCCCCUGGGCAGCCGUGUGGCCCGCUUCCUGCAGUGCCGCUUCCUCUUUACUGGACCUUGGUUGCUCUUCAGUGAGAUCGCCUUCAUCUCUGAUGUGGUGAACGACUCCUCCUUGGCUAUGGGGGGAACCUUCCCACCAGCCCCCUGGUGGCCACCUGGCCCACCUCCCACCAACUUCAGCAGCUUGGAGCUGGAGCCCCGGGGCCAGCAGCCUGUGGCCAAGGCCGAAGGGAGCCCGACCGCCAUCCUCAUCGGCUGCCUGGUGGCCAUCAUCCUGCUGUUGCUGCUCAUCAUUGCCCUCAUGCUUUGGCGGCUGCACUGGCGCAGGCUCCUUGGCAAGGCUGAGCGUCGGGUAUUAGAAGAGGAGCUGACCGUUCAUCUCUCUGUCCCUGGGGACACCAUCCUCAUCAACAACCGCCCAGGCCCUCGAGAACCGCCCCCUUACCAGGAGCCUCGGCCUCGUGGGAAUCCACCCCACUCUGCUCCCAGUGUCCCCAACAGCUCUGCGUUGCUGCUCUCCAAUCCGGCCUACCGCCUCCUUCUGGCCACUUACGCCCGUCCCCCUCGAGGCCCGGGCCCCCCCACACCCGCCUGGGCCAAACCCACCAACACCCAGGCCUGCAGUGGGGAUUAUAUGGAGCCUGAGAAGCCAGGCGCCCCUCUUCUGCCCCCACCUCCCCAGAACAGCGUCCCCCAUUAUGCUGAGGCUGACAUAGUCACUCUGCAGGGUGUCACUGGGGGCAACACCUAUGCUGUGCCUGCGCUGCCCCCAGGAGCGGCCGGGGAUGGGCCCCCCAGAGUGGAUUUUCCUCGGUCACAGCUCCGCUUCAAGGAGAAGCUUGGCGAGGGCCAGUUUGGGGAGGUGCACCUGUGUGAGGUAGAGAGCCCUCAAGAUCUGGUCAGUCUUGGUUUUCCCCUUAACGUGCGCAAGGGACACCCCUUGCUGGUAGCUGUCAAGAUCCUACGGCCAGAUGCCACCAAGAAUGCCAGGAACGAUUUCCUGAAGGAGGUGAAGAUCAUGUCGAGGCUAAAGGACCCAAACAUCAUCCGGCUCCUGGGCGUGUGUGUGCAGGACGACCCCCUCUGCAUGAUUACCGAUUACAUGGAAAAUGGCGACCUUAACCAGUUCCUCAGCGCCCACCAGCUGGAGAACAAGGGGACCGAGGGGGUCCCUGGGGAUGAGGAGGCUGCCCAGGGGCCCACUAUUAGCUACCCAAUGCUGUUGCACGUGGCGGCCCAGAUCGCCUCUGGCAUGCGCUAUCUGGCCACACUCAACUUUGUGCAUCGGGACCUGGCCACAAGGAACUGCCUGGUUGGGGAAAAUUUCACCAUCAAAAUUGCUGACUUCGGCAUGAGCCGGAACCUCUACGCCGGGGACUAUUACCGCGUGCAGGGCCGGGCAGUGCUGCCCAUCCGGUGGAUGGCCUGGGAGUGCAUCCUUAUGGGGAAGUUCACAACUGCGAGUGACGUGUGGGCCUUUGGGGUGACCCUGUGGGAGGUGCUGAUGCUCUGCCGGGCCCAGCCCUUUGGGCAGCUGACUGAUGAACAAGUCAUUGAAAACGCAGGGGAGUUCUUCCGGGACCAGGGCCGGCAGGUAUACCUAUCCCGGCCCCCCGCCUGCCCACUGGGCCUGUAUGAGCUGAUGCUUCGGUGCUGGAGCCGGGAGCCUGAGCAGCGACCCCCCUUUCCCCAGCUGCAUCGGUUCUUGGCAGAAGAUGCACUCAACACAGUGUGAAUCAUGACACCCAGCUGCCCCUCCCUCAGGGAGGAUUCAGGGGAAGCCAGCGGCACAAAUGAGGAGCUAACGGCACCUCCAUUCUCCCUCCUAACUUCCCUUCACUUCUGAGAGAGGGGCAGUGUGACCGAAGGUGGGCUGGGCCUGCCGGGAAGCUGAUGACCUUACUUUCCCAGACACACUCUCAUGCUCCCUUCCUGCCACCCACCCAGCUGGCCCUGUGGAUGGGACCCUCUCGGACCUCGUCUAGCCAUCCCUUGGGGGAGGGUGGGGGUACAUACAGGGCAGACACUGGACAUGGCCCCUUGGAGCACCUGGGCCCCGCUGGACAACACUGGUUCCUGGAGGGAAGGCUGUGUCCCCCAGCCUCUCUCUUUCCAGCACACACUGGACCCCACUGGCUGAGAAUUUGGGGAGUGAGGACGACAAAAAAGGGAGAAAGACGUUCCCUUGUGCUUACUCCUGGAAUUGUCCUCAGCUUUGACUUCUCUCCCCUCCAUCCUCUGAAACACUGGACCUGGGCUUGAUCCUGCCCCCAAACCCCCGUCAUGCCCACCUCCCACCUGCCAUGUUGUACCUAGAACUUCUCUAAGCCUGUAUGUUUCUGUGGAAUAAAUAUUGGGAUUAGGGGGAAAGAGGGAGCAAAGGUCUAUGGCCCUGGGGUAGGACAUCUCUAUCGUAGCUGCCACAUUGGUUUUUCUAUAAUCACUUGGGUUUGUACAUUUUUGGGGGGAGAGACAGAUUUUUACACUAAUAUAUGGAUCUAGCUCAAGGCAAUUUUAAUCCCCUGCACUAGGCAGGUAAUAAUAAAGGUUGAGUUUUCCACA